UCAAGCGGACGGAGUAAACUCUUUCAUUAGUCUACUGCACCUAAUCGAUCCAAAGCUUAAAGGAUUUAAAAAAAGCAAAAUACAUUAUGAAUAAUAUAAUACAACUGAGAAAGAGAUCGUUCGCUGCAGUGUUCUUCAUAAGUUUAAUAGUGAUGAGCGCAGUCGAAGCCGCGCCGCAUCCCAAGCAAACACAACACGAUAUUCGACGUGGAGAUUCUUAUGAUUUGGAAAAUGAAUCCAGCGCCGAUAGCGAGAAGUACGAUUUGCAAGGCUCUUCCUCUAUCGGUUACGGGUACUAUUCGUAUCCGUACUUGGGGAGUGGUUUUUACGGCGGACAUUAUCCGUACUAUGGAGGUAUCUAUGGAUUAGGUUAUCCCUAUUAUGGUGGUUACUACGGCGGCUAUCACGGCUUUCACGGUCAUUACUGGUAAAAAAUAUUGCAAGGAAAUGCAUUUGUAUGUACAUUAAAUCGUUUAAAAUAGUAUAAAAAGUAUACAAUAUUUAAAAAUAUGUAAGUAAGUUCAAAGAUACUGUAACUAUACAUGUAAUGCGUAAUAUAUUUUUUAAAUAAGCUUUAUAAGUUUAAAAAGUUCACAAUACUUAAAAAUAAAUGAGUGCAAAGGCAUUGUAAUAAC